UGGAUCAACAGCAUGCUAGUCGUUUUUCUCGUUUCAGAGAACAUUUCCGUAGACACAUACAUUAUGUGGAGGAUUCUGCUGAGGUAGCCGAGUCUCCAACUCUGGAUGAACCGUGGAGGGAAUUACCCUGGGGAGAAAAACAGAAGGAUCUUCAGUAUGUGCAGGAAUACAAACCUGAAAAAGAUGGAAUCAGGUACCUACGAGUCCUGCUGUAUGGACCCGUUGGAGCUGGAAAGUCCAGUUUCAUCAACUCUGUCAGUAACGUCCUCAGAGGACGGAUGACGAUUCCUGCUUUGGCCAGCGCGAUGACGUCUGAUAAAAGCUUCACUAAAAAGUAUGAGACUCAUAAGUUCAUUAAAGGACGAGGAAGCACAAAGACAUUUUAUCCUCUGGUCUUCAACGACAUCAUGGGACUGGAAGACGGGACCAACAGAGGAGUUCAUGCUGACGACAUCAAGCUGGCUUUGAGAGGUCAUGUGAAGGAAGGCCACAAGUUCAACCCAGUUGCUCCUCUAACUCAGGAUGACCCAGGCUACAACCCGACUCCCUCUGCUGAUGACAAAGUUCAUGUACUGGUCUGUGUGAUGUCAGCCAACACUCCUCAGAUGAAUUCAUCAGUUCUGGAGAAGAUGAAGAGCAUCAGAGAAACAGCCAGUGAUCUGGGAAUUCCUCAAAUGGCCGUGAUGACCCACAUUGAUGAAGCCUGCGGUGAAACUGAGAGAGGCUUGAGGAACGUCUACAAGAGCAAGUACCUGAGAAAAAAGAUGAAAGACUUCAGCGCCGCAGUGGGAAUCCCCAUGAACUGCAUCUUCCCUGUGAAGAACUACAGUGAAGAAAUCGACAUGAAUGAUGAUGUUGAUGCUCUGAUCCUAAGCGCUCUGAGGAAAAUGGUCGACUUUGGAGACGACUUUAUUGAGAAGAUUUAAACUGAGAACUUUAAUUUUAGUAUCCAGUUUUGGAUACCAAAAAGGCAAAAAGAUUACAACAUUUCACUGUGUAAGCAUUGGUUUUAUUAACUUAUUCUAUCCAUUCUGAAGAGGUCACUGAUCUCUAUAGCAGGUCAAGAGAACAGUGCAGAGUAAAACUGGAAGCAGCUCCUAAUGUAUUGUGAAAUUAGGACAGAGAACAUUUUGGACGGUGUUGCAGUAUAAUGUAUACAUAAUUGCAAUGGCAGAUAACAGGAUAAUAUUUAGUCUUUUGAAUGAAAAGAAUUUGCUUUAAAACUCACAAAAUGACCGGUUUACUGCCAUUGUGGUUGACCAGGAUCAGAUAAUCUUAGCUUUCUUUAAUGUAGAUGUCAGUAAGAUUGUCAAAACAAUGCUGGUGAUUUUAUUUUAUUCUUUAACAAUGUCAUGCAAGCAUUUCUUAUUCCUGACUGAAACAGACCCAUGUCGAAACAGUAAUCAGAUUUUUCACAUCUGCUUUUCACGCCAAGAACUUUAAAUGGACCUGUGUAAGAAAGGUGCAGAAAUGGUAGAGGAAUAAAAUUAUGUUAAUUGUUAUUAAUUAUGUUGGUUGACUGUUUUUGCACUGAGGCAUGUUUUUAUCAAAAGGAAAUACACUGUGUCAAAUGUACUGGGUCACUCUGACCUAGAAGUCAGGAAUGAAUUCAGAUUUAGAGAGAAAUGGAAAUAUCAAUGGCUAACCUGGUGUAAACAUAUAUCUAGUCAAAUCCUGAAAGGUCCCAGCUGGACAGUUCCAGGAAACUCUAAUCAGACUGCAGCAGAACGUGAGCCGAGUGAUCUGCAUCAACCAAAGAACAAACUGGCCUGGUUGACAAGCCUACAUACACAUACACCCCUGAAAGCAGGUAGUAUAAAUACUCCUUGGUUUCAUAGAUUCAAGGUGCUGCUAUGAAAUUAUGUGAGAAUAUGUGAAUUGUGUAAUGCAGGUGUGCUCAGGACCCUCCAACUUUGGCCCAAAUAAAGCAAACAAAAAUGGA